UCAUAGUACUAUAUAUAAAAGUCUUCUCUGUCUAGCUCAUUUCUACACAAAGGAGGAAUCUAAUCCUAGCUCGUCAUCAUUAUGUCCUCAUCAAAACCGAAUUCUUACGAAAAGUUCACAGAUGCUCCUCCGGCGACGGGUAUUCCGGUGAGCUCCAGCAACCCCUACUUUAGUGGAGCUCAUGAUCACCACCAUGAUCAAGAUAACUCCCGCAUGCCGGAUGCUCCUCCAUAUCAUCUCCAUGUUAGAACCCCCGAGCCUUGGAAAUCUGGCCUCCUUGACUGCUUCUCGGAUCCUAAAAGCUGUUGCAUAACAUUUUGGUGUCCAUGCAUCACCUUUGGCCAGAUUGCUGAGAUUGUGGAUAAAGGCUCUAUAUCUUGUGGGGCAAGUGGAGCACUGUACACCUUGAUAGCUUUUGUGACUGGUUGUUCUUGCAUCUAUUCAUGCUUCUACCGCUCCAAACUGAGGCAGCAAUACACUUUGGAAGAGAGUCCGUGUGGUGAUUGUUUGGUUCACUGCUUCUGCGAACCCUGCGCCUUGUGCCAGGAAUACCGUGAGCUGCAAAGUCGCGGUUUUAAUAUGGCCAUCGGAUGGGAUGGAAAUAUGGAUGCAAGGAACCACGAAGUGGCAAUGGCCCCGGUGCCCCCGAUGGUGGAGGAAGGCAUGAGUCGUGAUAAAUGAACAUAUCAAGAGUUUAUUCAAAGUUAUAUUGUCUGCUAUUAUGUAAAGGAAGAAGAUUUAUGCUAUGAUUAUUAUUAUUUUGUUGUUAUUAUAACGUUGAAAUUGUGAAUUUAUUUAAUGUUUAAUUUUUUUAUGUAUAAAUUAAUAAAAGAAUAAAUAAUUAAGGAUUUCA